AUUGUUUUUCAUUUUUCUACUUCGUUGGAGUGCUUUUUCUUUAAUUGUUUCUUUAAAAAAUAUUUCCAUCUACAUUUUUAUUUUCUCCUCUAUUCUCUCUCUUUUUACUUUUUUCAAUAAUUUUUCUGCAUAUAUCACUUAUUCAUUUAUACACUCACUCACCCAUUUAUAAUAUCACUUAUUGUAAACAAACUUAAAAUAUGCCUCACACCAGCUCAGUCAACAAAGAGUCUAAUGGCUACGCCGUUCGGAUCAAAGCCGUAAUAAUCGGCGAUGGCGCAUGCGGAAAAACCUGUCUCCUCCACGUCUUCCGGGUCGGCGAAUUCCCGCAAGACAACCGGUACAUCCCAACAAUCUUUGAGACCUGGGUAGCCGACGUUGAGGUGGCCGGACGGCCCGUAGAGCUUGCACUGUGGGAUACCGCAGGGCAGGAAGAAUUCGACCGACUCCGAUUCCUCUGCUACCCGGAUGCAGACAUUGUCAUUAUUUGCUUCAGCAUUGAUUCGCCAGAUUCAUUGAUUAAUGUCAUGGAUAAGUGGCAUUUGGAGGCGGUGGAUAAUUCACCCAGGGCAUCGAUUAUUUUGGUCGGGUUGAAGCUGGAUUUGAGAACGGAUGCGGUGGUUAUUAGGGAAUUAAGCGCUUAUGGACAGACACCGGUUUCGUUUCAGGAGGGUGAAGCUGUGGCGAAAACUAUUGGCGCUAUUAGUUAUAUCGAGUGCUCGUCGAUUUUGAACAUCAAUGUGAUUGAUGUUUUUGUUAUUGCCGCGAGAUGCGCCUUGAAUAAUAUUAAACAUAGGGAUGCAUCGUCGUCUUGCUGUGUUCUCCUGUGAUAGCUCUUUUGACUUUCUGUUUUCCAACGCCUCUUUUUUCUUUCAUUAUUUUUUUCACACUUUGAGCGGCUUGUGAUGUAUUACUUUUUUUCUUUUUUU